CAUCAACAUACAACAAUGAAGACGGCUGUAUUGUUUCUGGCUUUGAUGCCAUUUGUGUUCUCGGCUCAUGUUGUCCAGGACAGAUUCAUUGAAUCUCUACUCGGCGGAUACGACAUAUUAGAUUUGGCCAGGCAGAUCCUUGGUCAGUUCGGUACAGACGAAACCGAGCAACAAUGUGAAACCGAGUUAUGCCCUCCUCUCCUCGACAAAAUUGACGGACACAACCCCCUCAUCACAGGCCUUGUGUGCGCUGCUGUCUGCAAAGAGGCUCAAGUUCUUGCACAAAACUACGUUUCAACUGCUGCACCACUUGUAUUAUCGACAACAACUGCAGGGAAAUAG